AUGUCCAACAUCACCACCCCUAAAGUCAACCAAGGUGACUCCAAGCACCUUUACACCGUCAUCGUCCUCGGUGCAUCGGGUGACCUUGCAAAGAAAAAGACCUUCCCUGCGCUCUUUGGGCUCUACAAGAACAAAUACCUUGACCAGAACACCCACAUCAUUGGCUAUGCGCGCACCAAGAUGGACCAGACCACCUUUGAGGGCCACGUCUCCAAGUACAUCAAGCUCAAGACCGAGGCCGACAAGGCCACGUUGCAACGGUUUCUCAAGUUGUGUUCGUACCAAGAUGGUCAGUACGACCAGGACAAGGAUUUCCAAAACCUCGAGAAGCACAUUGUUGAGGUCGAGAAGGCAUCCGGAUCGACUGCACGUCUAUUCUACAUGGCUUUGCCUCCCUCGGUGUUCAUCCCUGUCGCGACCAGUCUGAAGAAGAACAACUACCAUAGUUUCGAAAAGGAUGGUAUCCUAACCAGAUUGAUUGUUGAGAAGCCCUUUGGUAUGGACCUCGAGAGCUCGCGCAAGUUGGGUCGGGAGUUGGGCGCGUUGUUCAACGAGGACGAGGCAAGUUAUCCUUCCACCCAUUGUCUUGCAGUUAUCUACCGCAUCGAUCACUACCUCGGCAAGGAGAUGGUCAAGAACUUGAUGAUCUUGCGUUUUGCCAAUGUCAUCUUUGGAUCGGUCUGGAACCGUCAGAGCAUUGACAACGUCCAGAUCACUUUCAAGGAGAAGAUCGGCACUGAAGGCCGAGGCGGUUACUUUGACGAGUUUGGCAUCAUUCGCGACGUGAUGCAGAACCACUUGUUGCAGAUCUUGUCGUUGGUGGCGAUGGAGCCCCCAGUGUCGUUGAGCGCCGAGGAUGUCCGCGACGAAAAGGGUCUCUCUAAUAUUGUUAAUUCUUCCUCGUCGCCGACAUAUCAGGUCAAGGUGCUUCGCUUCAUCCCACCCAUCGUAAAGGAGAAUAUCUUGUUGGGUCAGUAUGGCAAGUCCGAAGACGGCAAGGAGCCUGGCUACCUCGAUGAUAAGACUGUCCCCCAUGGAAGCAAGACCCCAACGUACGCCGCCGCGACGCUGUUCAUCCACAACGAUCGAUGGUCCGGCGUGCCCUUCAUGCUCAAGUGUGGCAAGGCUCUGGACCAACAAAAGACCGAGAUUCGUAUCCAGUUCAAGGACGUCCCCGGCCACUUGUUCACGGGCCUAUCGCGCAACGAGAUUGUGAUCCGUGUUCAGCCCAACGAGGCAGUGUACGUCAAGAUGAUGAACAAGGAGCCUGGUCUGGGUAUGAAGACUAUUAUCUCGGACCUGGAUCUGUCGUACUCGAGCCGAUUCAACGAUUCGGUGAUCCCUGAGGCGUACGAGUCGUUGAUCCUGGAUGCCCUGAACGGAGACCAUUCCAACUUUGUGCGUGAUGAUGAGUUGGAUGCGGCCUGGAAGAUCUUUACGCCUAUCCUGAAGACGAUUGACCACGGCGAGAUCGAUCCAAUCCCUUAUGCCUAUGGAAGCCGUGGACCCAAGGGUGUGGGCGAGUUUGUGGCCAAGCAUGGAUACACGCGCGGAGAGCAGGCGUAUGUCUGGCCCUUGCACUCUGAGGCCGGCCAGGAUGCUGCUGGCAAGGACCAGCGGGUUGAGAAGAAGUCCAACUGA